AUGACGGGUCUACAAGCACGCGCUGGUGGUGCUAGCAUCACGCCGCCGCUGCCUCAAGCGGCUGGUUAUGUGGUUGUUGUUGUUUUGGGUUUGGUUGUUGCAGUUGUCAUGAUGUACGUGACCAAGAUACUGAAGAACACUACUGGAGAAGACAACAAGAAGACGGAAAUGUUCAUGACAGCAAACCGAACAGUCCGGACGGGUUUGACUGCAUCUGCUGUGAUUUCGUCAUGGCUUUGGACAACGGCUAUCCUAGGAUCUUGCUUUACAGGCUACGACUACGGUGUAUCAGGACCAUUCUGGUUUGCUGCCGGAUGCAGCCCUAUGAUCGUCUUCUUUGCCCUCCUUGGUAUUUCCUGCAAGAGAAAGAUCCCUGAAGCGCAUACUUCUCUGGAACUUGUUCGGAUUCGAUAUGGAAAAAUCGCCCACGCCGUCUUCAUGAUCCUCUGCCUUGUCAACAACAUCUUCGCCAGUGCCAACAUGCUCCUCGGCGCUGCUGCGGUCAUUGCAGCUGUUUCGGGGAUGCAUAUUAUCGCAGCGACUUUUCUGAUUCCAGUUGGCGUGACGGUGUAUACGUUUGUCGGUGGUAUCAAGGCUACUUUCCUGACCGACUACUUCCAUACGGUCAUCAUCCUGGCUAUCUGCUGCUACUUCUCGGUCAAGGCAUUCACGAACGAUCAAGUGGGAUCCGUUGGGGACCUGUUUGAUCUCAUCCAGAAGGCUGGGCAGGCGCAUCCUGUUUCUGGGAACUCGCAGGGAUCGUACUUGACCAUGACUUCGAAGAGUGGCAUCCUCUUCGGCAUCCUCCACACAUGCUCCAACUUUGGCCUCGUUAUCAUGGACACAUCCUACUUCAUAAAAUCCUUCUCCGCCACCCCCCGCGCCGUCGUCCCCGGCUACGCAAUCGGCGGCAUCCUCUACUUCGCCAUCCCCUGGGGCCUAGGCACCGUAAUGUCCUCGCUCGCCAUCGGCCUCGAAUCCCACCCCUCCUUCCCAACCUACCCCCGCCGCAUGACAUCCUCCGAAGUCAGCGGCGGCCUUGUCCUCCCGUACGCAGCGAUCGCAAUCGCAGGGAAAGGAGGCGCGACGGCCGUACUUCUCAUGACAUUUAUGGCUGUUACGUCGACGCUUAGCGCGCAGGUUAUUGCGGUCAGCUCGAUUUUGAGUUUCGAUGUGUACCGGCUGUAUUUUAAGAAGGGCGCUAGCGAUCGCGAUAUUAUCAGGGCGAGCCAUUUGGGGGUUAUUUUCUUUGCCGCGUUUGCGGCCGGGUUUAGUACUAUGCUGCAUUAUGUUGGGAUUGAUCUAGGUUGGACGUUGUAUAUGCUUGGAGUGGUAACAUGCCCCGGCGUCUUCCCCAUGGUCUUCACCGUGCUAUGGAAGCACCAAUCCAAAGCCGCCGCCAUCCUCUCCCCAAUCCUCGGCAUCGCCACGGGAAUCGCCGUCUGGCUCGGCACAGCACACCACUUCUACGGCUCCGUCUCUGUCUCCGCGACAGGCGGACUACUCCCCUGCGUCUACGGAACCGUGGCCUCAGCCUUCUCGCCCAUCCUCUACUCCGUGCUGAUCACCCUCGUCAAGCCGCAGAACUACGACUGGAGUAACUUCCGGCAGGAGAAACUCGCGCUGGAGAAGGUGGAGAGCGAUUUGACGAAUGUGCAUCAUGGGGAGAAUGACUCGCCAUCUGUUGCGCGGGAGCAGGAGAAUAGGGUUGAGGUCGAGCAGCAUCGGAAUGAGGAGGAUGGGGCGCAGCCGGCGCCACAGGCUAGCACUGCUAAAGAACUGAAGCGGUGGACGCGGAUUGCUGCGUUCUGGUCUGCUGCUACGUUCCUGGGACACUGGGUGAUCUGGCCGUUGCCGAUGUAUGGGUCGAAAUAUGUUUUUGAGAAAAAGUUUUACUACGCCUGGGUAAUCGUCGCCAUAAUCUGGCUCUGGAUCACCAUGCUGGUAACAACCUUCUACCCGAUCCUCGAUGGCGGAUGGCAGCAGAUCCGCGAGGUGUACAACGGGUGGAAGAAUAACAAGCGCGCGGCGAUUGACGGGACUGUGCCGGCUAGUCCGCCCAGUCCGGAGGAAGUCGAGGUUGAGGGGAAGGAGACUAAAUGA